GCGCUCUACCACCCGGGGGGGGCCAGUCCAGCCCAGGGGGCGGGGCCUGACAGGCUCCGGGGCCGUCCGCCUAGUUCUGGCCCCGCCCACCAUUGGCCCCGCCCCAACUUUCUGCCCUCCCACCAGGACUCUCUGAAACCUAAUCCCGCCCAAUUUCCUAUUGGCCCCGCCUAUUGCCUCAGCCUAGACUAUGUUUCCCGGCCUUUUGGUUUCUCCCCUCCGCCUCUCUUAAGACUCUCCUUACCAGUUCUCAUCCAUCCCUUGGUUCUGCUGGCUGCAGUCCGCCGUUAUCUAGACCUCGCCCACUUUCCCUCACCUCGUUCCCCCUUCUAAGGCCCUACUGACCCUUAGAACUAUCUCCCAGGCUCUCUGGCCCCCAAGACUUCCCGUUCUAGGUCCCACCGCUCCGUCCAUCCCGGUAGCUUUGUACUCUGCAGGUCUCACCUUUUCCUUAGCCAUUCUCUACACUCUUAGCCCUGCCCCGCCCCCACCUGGCCUGGUUGCUUUCAAAUCCCUUAAAGCGCCGCUCCUCCCUUAGUCUUGCCUUUCCACAGCCCAUUCAAGACUUUUUUUACCAUUCGUGGAUCCCACCCACCUCCCGCAGUCCCUCCGAAUCCUUCCUGACAUUCUCCCGGCCCAGCCCCGGCUAAACGGGCCGCGUUUCCAGCUCCGUCCCUGCCCCUUCUUUACCUCGCCUUUUCCCUUAGUCCUAGCCAGAAGCUCUCAGGUUUCCAGGCCUCGCCCAUUUCCGCCCCUUCUCACUGGGUCUCAGUCCCUGUUCCCCUUGCCGUGUCCCCUUUCAGUCCAGUCUAGUGCCACUCUCCAUUUCCAGUUCCCGCCCCUCAUUCAGUCCCGCCCCCUCACUCUCCUAGCUCAAUCAGGACUGUUUCUAAUUUCUGUGGCGCUGCCUCUUCUUAAGAUCCGCUCUGCCCCGUCCAAUCAAUGUUAGGAGCUCAACCCGGCAGUCUCCGUCUGCCCCACUUCACCGGGUAUUGCUUGCCGGCUCUUUAGGUCCGUCUCUAUGCAAUCCAGACGGGCGCCCCGAUGUGGCCCUGCCCCUGACUCCGCCAGUCACGGACAGUCAGGCCCCUUUAAAUAGCUCGGACCUGUCCCCUUCCCCUGCCCGACCCGCUCCUUUUCUUAGUUCUAUCAGAUCUCUUUCUUAUAUUUAGCCCCGCCUCCUCUGUUCUCCCAGUGCUGCCAAACCAGGCAACUUUAGCCUCCCAUCCCGCCUUAACACCUCGCUCGGCCCCGCCCCUUAUCCCAGAAAGACCCAAUCGGUGUGUUCCAUUUGCGGCCCCGCCCCGCCCAGCUAGGCGGAGUUGGAGUCCGGGCCCUUCUCUCAGCUUUAGCCCCGCCCCCCACCUCUUCCCAGGCCAAUCAAUUCAGUUUCUCCCUCCCUGCGGUCUCGCCCCCUCCCUCCAUCACCUCCUAUCACCCAAUCACAUCUCUCUCCCCUGCGGCCCCGCCCCCUGAGACCCCGCCCCUCCUUCUCCGCCCCCCCAUCCAAUGCUGAGCUCAGUCUGCGUCUCAUCCUUCCGCGGGCGCCAGGGGUCCAGCAAACAGCAGCCAGUGUCGCCGCCGCAGCCGUCCGAGUCCCCGCUGCCGCUGCCCCCGCCACCGCCACCGCCACCGCCGCCGCUGCAGCAGCAGCAGCAGCAGCCUGCGCAGCCCGGCCCCGCCGCGUCCCCGGCGGGCCCCCCGGCACCCCGCGGGCCCGGGGGCCGGCGCGCCGAGCCAUGCGCCGGGCUGCCGGCGGCGGCCAUGGGGCGGCACGGCGGCGGCGGUGGCGACAGUGGCAAGAUCGUGAUCAACGUGGGCGGCGUGCGCCAUGAGACGUACCGCUCGACGCUGCGCACCCUGCCGGGGACGCGGCUGGCCGGCUUGACGGAGCCCGAGGCGGCGGCGCGCUUCGACUACGACCCGGGCGCCGACGAGUUCUUCUUUGACCGGCAUCCGGGUGUCUUCGCCUACGUGCUCAACUACUACCGCACUGGCAAGCUGCAUUGCCCGGCCGACGUGUGCGGGCCGCUCUUCGAGGAGGAGCUCGGCUUUUGGGGCAUCGACGAGACCGACGUGGAGGCCUGCUGCUGGAUGACCUACCGGCAGCACCGGGACGCCGAGGAAGCGCUCGACUCCUUCGAGGCACCCGACCCCUCGGGCGCCGCCAACGCUGCCAACGCUGCGGGCGCCCAUGACGCGGGCCUGGACGACGAGGCGGGCGCGGGCGGCGGCGGCCUGGACGGCGCGGGCGGCGAGCUCAAGCGCCUCUGCUUCCAGGACGCUGGCGGCGGCGCCGGGGGCCCGCCGGGGGGCGCGGGCGGCGCGGGCGGCACGUGGUGGCGCCGCUGGCAGCCCCGCGUGUGGGCGCUCUUCGAGGACCCCUACUCGUCGCGGGCCGCCAGGUAUGUGGCCUUCGCCUCCCUCUUCUUCAUCCUCAUCUCCAUCACCACCUUCUGCCUGGAGACCCACGAGGGUUUCAUCCACAUCAGCAACAAGACAGUGACGCAGGCCUCCCCGAUCCCUGGGGCUCCGCCGGAGAACAUCACCAAUGUGGAGGUGGAGACGGAGCCCUUCCUGACCUACGUGGAGGGUGUGUGUGUCGUCUGGUUCACCUUUGAGUUUCUCAUGCGCAUCACCUUCUGCCCAGACAAGGUGGAGUUUCUCAAGAGCAGCCUCAACAUCAUCGACUGCGUGGCCAUCCUGCCCUUCUAUCUGGAGGUGGGGCUCUCGGGCCUCAGUUCCAAGGCCGCCAAAGACGUGCUGGGCUUCCUGCGGGUCGUCCGCUUUGUCCGGAUCCUGCGCAUCUUCAAGCUCACGCGGCACUUCGUGGGGCUGCGCGUGCUGGGCCACACUCUCCGUGCCAGCACCAAUGAGUUCCUGCUACUCAUCAUCUUCCUGGCGCUCGGUGUGCUCAUCUUUGCCACUAUGAUCUACUACGCUGAGCGCAUCGGCGCGGACCCCGAUGACAUCCUGGGCUCCAACCACACCUACUUCAAGAACAUCCCCAUCGGCUUCUGGUGGGCCGUGGUCACCAUGACAACCCUGGGCUACGGAGACAUGUACCCCAAGACGUGGUCAGGGAUGCUGGUUGGGGCGCUGUGUGCCCUGGCUGGGGUGCUCACCAUCGCCAUGCCCGUGCCCGUCAUUGUCAACAACUUUGGCAUGUACUAUUCGCUGGCCAUGGCCAAACAGAAGCUGCCCAAGAAGAAGAAUAAACAUAUUCCCCGGCCUCCGCAGCCCGGCUCGCCCAACUAUUGCAAGCCCGACCCACCGCCACCGCCCCCGCCCCAUCCUCACCACAGCAGCGGCAGCAUCAGCCCUCCACCACCCAUCACCCCGCCCUCCAUGGGGGUGACUGUGGCAGGGGCCUACCCGCCAGGGCCCCACACGCACCCCGGGCUGCUCAGGGGGGGAGCGGGCGGGCUCGGGAUCAGGGGGCUGCCUCCUCUGCCUGCCCCUGGGGAGCCUUGCCCGUUGGCUCAGGAGGAAGUGAUUGAGAUCAACCGGGCAGAUCCCCGCCCCAACGGGGACCCUGCAGCAGCUGCACUUGCCCACGAGGACUGCCCAGCUAUUGACCAGCCCGCCAUGUCACCAGAAGACAAGAGCCCCAUCACCCCCGGGAGCCGGGGCCGCUACAGCCGGGACCGAGCCUGCUUCCUCCUCACUGACUAUGCCCCUUCCCCUGAUGGCUCCAUCCGGAAAGCCACUGGUGCUCCCCCACUGCCCCCCCAAGACUGGCGUAAGCCAGGCCCCCCAAGGUUCUUGCCCGACCUCAACGCCAACGCUGCAGCCUGGAUAUCCCCCUAGUGGACGAACCCCCUCCCCCCAGGGUAAGUAGCCCCCACCCUCUGAACCCCCUCCCUCCUGACUAACCCAUCUGAGAACAUGCAGCCCCCAUUGACCAAGACUCCUGUCCCCUCACUCCGAACAGCUCCAUCCAAUUAACCCCCAGCCCUGACACUGGCCCCGCACCCACCUGCCCAGGACCUGCGGUGCCCCUCACUAACCCCUAGAACUAAGCCCAACCCUCCCCACCAUGUGCCUGACCUCCCUCCCCGCCCUUACGACUGACCCCCAUUCUCAGCCCCAUCCACAUCUCUCUCCCUGCCUCCCCCCUUGGUUUUGCUUUUGUUUAUUUAACCGAGAAAAUGGGGUACACACCCAGGACAUUCUUCUGGGUGCAGGUUGGGGUGGGAAAGACUCAGCCACUCACGCAGUCACUUGUGGAUUGGCCAGCACUGACAAAGCACACACAGGUUCCCGGUGCAGUGCUAGGCCCAGGGGAUUCAACAGUGAGCAAUCCAACCACACCCCUGCCCUCCACGAGAUCUCAGUUUGGGGGAGAGGCAGACACAGACCUAGAACUGAGGCCGAAAAGCAGGGCUGGGCUGAGGAGCCUUGUCCCAGGAUCUGGGGAGAGGCGGGUCUGCUCUGGGGCUUCGUGAGGACGCACCUGAGUGGGGAGACUGCAGUUCAGGAGGCUGGGGAGGAGGCUGGGAUGAGGGUCCAGGGGGAGAGGACAAAGGCUGAGCCGGGGUCAGGGCUAUGGGGGUGGAGAGGAAGGAAAGAGACAGAGUCGGGGGGCCAGGGGUCAAGAGAACAGGGUCAGGACUGGCCAGUGGGGGAGGUGAGGGAGAUAGAGUGAGGAGACAGUAGAUGAAUUAUUCAGCAAACAUAACGAAGCACUUUCCACGUGCCAGGAAUCCAACAUAUAUUCUGUAAUCCUCACAACAACCCCAGCUAACCCCUAACUUCAUUCAUUCAUGCAUGCAUGCAGGAACUGAUGAUUGAGGGUAGAAUUCCAGGCACUGGAGAUUUAGCAGGGCACAAAGCAAGAAUCUGCCAUCAGAGUUGCUACUCUAGAGCCUGGGUCAACAUACUACAGCCACGGGCCAAAUGUGUCCACCAGCUGUUUUGUAAAUAAAGCUUUAUUGGAACACAGCCACUGUCUACAACCGCAGACUGGAAUAGUUUCGACCGAGAUGGUAUGGCCCACAGAGCCCCGAAAAUUUUGACCAUCUGGCCCUUUACAGCGAAUGUCUGCCACUCCAUGAUUGGAGGAAGCAGAAAACAAACAAAAGGAUAAUUACUCUGGCCAGGUCAGAUAAGGGGUGAGAGUCUUUCUGAGAAGGUGACAUGAAACUUGAAAGCUGAAAAAGCUCCAGCCAGGCAGAAGAAACAGCAAGUGAAAAGGCCCUGAGGUGCUGAGGUGGGAUGAGCUUGGUCUGUUAAAGGAAUAGCAGGAGGGAAGUGUGGCUGGAGCUGAGUGGCCUAAGGGAGAGGGGAGGAGUCUGGGGGGGGGAAGGUUUUUUUGGCCAUGGUGAGAGGCUGGAUUUGAUCUUUAAAAUGAUGGGAGGCCACCUGAAAGCAUUUGAUCCAUCGCUUAUUCAUUCAACACAUGCCUGUGGAAUCUCCCUUCGCAAUACAGAGAUACAUCCUAAAGAAUCCCUACCCGCAGCCUAAGGAGAUGCCACAGCAGGACUUAGGGAGCCUCCAAGGACAGCCACAUCUAAACCCCCUUGUUUUACAGAAGUUCAGGGAGGUCCAUGGCCAACCCCCAGCCACAGAGCAGAUGGGGGACAAGAACCCAGGCUUCUGGGGUCCUAGUCCAGAGGGGACUGUCUGGCUCUUCUUGUUCCAUCCCCGGACCUCUCCUUGUUGCAACCCGCCCCCCACCUCCAUCAUCCUCCACUUUCAUCUCAUUACCAACCCCCUGCCUCCCCGCUCCCAUCUCACCCCUCCCCCUGCUUGCACCCAGUCCUGUUACCCACCUCCCUUUGUUCCCCACUCCCAGGUCUGGAUGGGCCCCUAUGGAAUUGAGGGGCAGGGGGAGGGGGGAGGAUUCGGGAAUG